AUGGUGAAUCCGCCGCGAUUGGUUUCGGGGAAUAAGUCGGUGAAUUCGGUGAAGAUAAGCUUUCGUGUACCGUAUUUUACUCAAUGGGGUGAGAGUUUGGUGGUGUGUGGCUCUGAACCAGUGCUUGGAUCUUGGAAUGUGAAGAAGGGCGUGUUGCUCAGUCCCUUUCAUGAAGGUUCUGAGCUUAUUUGGAGUGGAAGCAUUACUGUGCCAAAGGGGUUUCAAUGUGAGUAUACCUACUAUGUUGUGGAUGAUAAGAGAAAUAUUGUGAGGUGGGAGAUGGGGAAGAAACACGAAGUGACGCUCCCCGAAAGUGUUCAGAGUGGUCAGGAGAUUGAGUUUCGUGAUCUUUGGCAGACUGGCUCAGAUGCUCUCCCUUUCAGAAGUGCUUUCAGAGAUGUCAUUUUUCGGCAAAGUUGGGAUUCGAGCAUCAUCACAACCACAGGAGUCAACCACAUCACUUUUGAACCAGAAGCGGAGUCCAUCCUCAUCCAAUUCAAAGUUUUCUGCCCAACUAUUGAGAAAGACACAUCAAUAUACGUGAUAGGUAGCAAUACAAAGUUGGGGCAAUGGAAAGUUGAAAAUGGACUAAAACUCAGCUAUGUUGGUGAGUUCGUAUGGCUAGCUGAAUGUGUGAUGCAAAGAAGUGAUUUUCCAAUAAGAUAUCCAUUUUGA